AAAAAUUGGGGAAAGCAACGGUGAAACUGGGAGCGUUCAGGGUACUAUUACCGAAGAAGGAAGAGAGAGCGAGAGAGAGUGGGGUGGGCUUGAUUGUUUGAUUGAUUGAGAGCUGCAUACAUGGACGAAUCUGAGUUUCGACGCUUGCUCAACCUCUUCCCAGUCGUCCGACCUCGAGAUUACCAUGUGGACCUAGAUCCAUCAAGGCAAUCAACGUCUCGGUCAACACAAAAUGAGCUGCAGGAAUGGCAAGAUGCAUGGGGUGAAGCGGAUAAGAACAAAUUGAAUGAUCAAGGAAUAGUCUCAGUCCCACAAGAUCCGUUUUGGGAGAAGCUAAGGUCAGCAGCUGUGAGGAAGGUGGGGGCAGCAGAGGCAGAGAGACUUUGCGAGGCUUUUCAACAAGUCCACAACAGACUUGUGCAUGAAGAGAUGACAGUAGAAGGUGCGCUGAAGUUUCUGAACUCUUCAUGAAGCUCCAAAGGAUAUCUUUUAUCAUUGUUUCUGUCCUCUUUUAUGGAAUUGCUGAACAUUAAAUGCUUUAAAAUCGAAAAGGAUAUUUGUAAUCUGGAUAUUUGAGGCUGAGACUUGGUAUUUAAUUGUUUAUACAUCAAUUGUCAUUCUACAAA